AUGGAUCAAGCGCAGCUGGAAUUUGAUCAAGGUGGUGCAUUCCAAGUGAGGCAGCAGAUAUUGAAACAACACCAGCUACAACAACAACAACAAACAAAAACAAGAAUAAAACAACAGAAACUCCGAAUUACGUUUCUAGGGUAUAUUCUAGUGUUAUUUUGCUUUGCUAUACUUCAAUUUAUUGGUGUUGGAUUUUUUUCUCUGGGAUUUUUGUUGUCUAGACAAGUUCUUCCGAAUAUCUCAGAAUGUACGGGUCGACAGGAUGAUUCGUGUAUGCAGCCGGCCAAGUUUGACAAAGCUGUAGUGUUGGUGAUAGAUGCGUUAAGGUUUGAUUUUGCUAUUCCAGUGGAAGGGUCUAGUAAAUAUUACCACAACAAUUUUCCUAUUUUACAUGAAUUAACCCAGUCUGAACCAGAUAACGCGAUAUUGUUGAAGUUUAUGUCUGAUCCACCUACGACGACCUUGCAAAGAUUGAAAGGAUUGACUACAGGUUCGUUGCCUACAUUUAUAGAUGCGGGAUCCAAUUUUAAUGGUGAUGCCAUUGAUGAAGAUAAUUGGAUAUUACAACUACACAAGAACAAUAAAAGUGUAGCUUUUAUGGGUGACGAUACAUGGACCGCCUUGUUUACUGAAUAUAUCAACCCGCAAUUGAAUUUUCCGUAUGAUUCUUUAAAUGUUUGGGAUUUACAUACGGUCGAUAAUGGAGUUAUUGAUCAUUUAUACCCAUUAUUGCAGAAGGAAAAUUCUACAAAGUGGGACGUAUUAAUUGGCCACUUUCUAGGUGUUGAUCAUGUUGGUCAUAGAUAUGGGCCAAACCACUACUCAAUGAAAGAGAAAUUAAACCAAAUGAAUGAUGUUAUUUCAGAUGUCAUCGAAAAAUUGGAUGAUGAUACAUUAUUAGUAGUUAUGGGUGAUCAUGGAAUGGACUCCACUGGUAAUCAUGGUGGUGAUUCCUUAGAUGAAUUAGAAAGUACGUUGUUCAUGUAUUCAAAACAAAAAAAGUUCCAUGUAAACAAAAAGUCUCCUGACUUUUAUGAUACUAGUGAUAUGGGAAGGCACUACAGAUCUGUCAAUCAAAUAGAUUUGGUUCCUACCAUGUCAUUAUUGUUGGGAUUACCUAUUCCAUAUAAUAACUUAGGCUUUCCGAUUGAUGAAGCAUUUGGAAACGAUAAAGAUUUGACUCUUGCAAGUUUUAAAACUAUACAUCAGAUUCAAAAUUUUAGAGACUCUACGCCGAACUUGGCAUCUAAUUUAGAAAUCACUGAGAAAUUCGAGAAGUUUGUUCAGGAUUAUGCUAAGUUUGGGAACAAUAAAAAAUAUCUUACAAAGCUUAUUGAAUUUUCAAAAAGCUACCAAUAUGAUUCGUUGGAACAAUGUAAAUCAUUAUGGGCACGCUUUGACUUAACAUUAAUUUGUAUCGGUAUCGCCAUUAUUUUCUUCUCGUUAACAUUUAUCACAACUUACUCAAGAUCUAUACCAUCAGUACGAGUUCUGACGAUGUCAUUCGAAUUUAUAGGGUCAAUUAUUGCGAUGUUAUUAGUUGGUUUAGUUUCGAGUUUUUCUAUAUUCAUAGUUUUGAAACCAGCAGGCUUUGACAUGAAGAAAUGCCUUCUUAUCGGGGCUGCAUUAGGAAUAAUUAUUGGGUUUUGGGCACCUAUAAUGGACAGAUUCAGCAUAAGUUGGUUAUGGCAUCAAUUAAGAGACUUUUUCAGUUACAAUUUCAAUAGCUGGUCAUUUUUAGGAAUACUCUUUGUCGUAUUUCACUGUUUGAUAUUUGCCUCAAACUCGUUCGUGGUAUGGGAAGAUAAGAUGGUACUGUUUUUUCUACUUACUUUUGGUGCAUGUUGUUUAUACAGUUGUAUGAUUAACUCAAAACAUUCGAAAGUCGAAAAGAUUUUAGGGAUUCUGCACUCACUUACAUUUAUUAUUUUAUCAAGACUAACAUCGAUGAUUAAUUUAUGCCGCGAAGAACAACAUCCAUAUUGUAAAGCAACCUUCAAAACAUCAUGGUGGUCUAUUAUACUAUUGCAUUUGUGUUCAUUUGCCUUACCAUUAGUAAUUAAGUCAUUUUAUAAACUUUCGAAUUCCUACCAUUCGGCUGCACCUUUGUGGAUAGGUACGGGUGUGAAAACUUUAAUGGUAAUGAAUGCAAUUUAUUGGACGUUUGAAUAUAUUGAAAAUCAAGACUUUUAUUUAACAUCAAAUUUCAAUAUAAGUGGACCAUUAUUGAAAUCAGUGAAGAUUGCAAUUGCGAGAAUUGUACUUUUUAUUACAUUAGUCCUCGCAAACUUCAGUUGGUCAAGAGGACCUUUAUGUGUCAAAAUAGACACCCAAUCCGUUGAAAUACUCGAUGAUUCCGAUUCUGAUGAUUUACUAUCCAACUUACUGCCACAACCCCAUCAACCACCUGCAAGAUCCAAUACAAUUUUAGGAUAUGGUAAUGUUUACGGAUCAUCGUAUUUCUUACUAGUACUUAACUUCGCCGUGGCAAUUAUGUUGGUGACGAAACCCUUGGGCGCAAUUUCGCUUAAUAUGUUGUUAAUUCAAAUCUUAUCCCUCUUGGAAUUAUAUAAUAUCCUUGGAUUGAGAAAAAAUCUCAUUGCUCCAAUUAUAUUUGGAUUAUUGGGAUAUCAGCAUUUCUUCAGUACAGGGCACCAAGCAACCAUACCCUCGAUUCAGUGGGAGCUUGGCUUCAUGACAACAGAGACUAUAUUAUUCCCUUUUACUCAUUUGAACAUUGUACUCAAUACAUUUGGUCUGUUUUUGAUUAUUUGCUUAUCGAUUCCCUUAAUCGCCUUGUGGAGAAUUCCCCCCUCAAAUAGGCCAAUUACAGUCUUGUCCCAAAUAAUUACGGAUAUCACGACUUUAAUAACAUAUCAAACAUUUAUCAGUUUAUCAAGUUUAGUUUUCGCUGCUCAUUUUAGGAGACAUCUUAUGGUUUGGAAGAUUUUCGCUCCAAGGUUCAUGUUGAGUAGUUUAUUAUUAAUUGUUUUAAACUUAACUUUGGUAUUUAUAACUUUAUGGUUCGGUGCUGGUAAGGUUGUAACCCAAAUUAAUAGGAUUUUCGGGAAAUGA